ACCUCUGUUUCCUUCAGUUUUCCUCCCACUCCUUGCUUUCCUUUCCCGGAAACCUCCCUUUUCUGCAUCACCACUGUACCCAAAGCCUCCAUAAAAGAAACCCUUUUGACUUCAAGUUCUGCUUCACUCAGUGAAAUGGAUAAAAUGCUGAGCGUAAAUCAGAAAAAGACAAACAAACAGCCCAAAAACAAGAAAAAGCCAGUCAAGGUUGUGUACAUAUCAAAUCCCAUGAAGGUGAAGACUAGCGCCUCAGAAUUUAGAGCUUUGGUGCAAGAACUGACUGGCCAAGAUGCCGAUAUGCCGGACCCCACGAAGUAUUCGGACACAGACAGUGUCGGUGGCAGCUGCCAGGAGGAGGUUUCUACUGAAUUGAAGACUAUGGAGGAUGAUCAAGUAGUUCAACAACCACUGGUGCAACCCAAAAAUGAAAUGCCAGAAAGAGCUGAUUGCAAUAUAUAUGGAACAUGUGACCGUGAGGAUGAUGAUCUUUUGUUUAUGCCUGAGAGUUUUCCUGGAUUGGUUGCUUCAAAUUUGUGGUAUGGGGCUAGUAUUCAUGGUGAUGAGCUCAAAAGUCUUUUUUGAUAUAAUGUAAGUUUGGUUUACCCUUUAGGGUAAGUUGAUAUGGUAUGGUUCAUGGGUAAAUAUGAUGCUAGCUAGGUAAUUAAUUAACCUUGUUUGUGUCUGUAAUUCUGUCUGUAACAAUACCUACUUCAAAUAAAUAAGUGCAGCAACUGAAAGACAGGCUUGCUGAUCUCUUUCCUAGUCAAGAUCCAGCUCAAUUGCUCAAGAAAAAGUUUGCCUUCGUCAAUGGCUUGAGAUCUA